CUGUUGGGUUUGUCGGCGCUCUUGGAGCUCUGGGCGCGCGGGGUCGGGUUGGAUGUGAGGAGAGCUGGAAGGCGCGCGAGGCAGCGUCAGCCACACUGCACGGAGACACGGCGUGAGGGUCGGCGGCGGGACCACGGAGCACCCGUCCCUGUCGCCCUGGCCCACUGCGCCCACAGGCUCCGAUGGCGGCGGCCGCGCUGAGGCACGCGGCUCAGAUUUCCAUGGCUGCAGAAGCACUUAAGGAGCCUAUACAGGAGAGAAGCUGAUCGUGGAAUGAACUGUCCCCAUCGUGGCAGGGCUCUGUGACCUUUGAGGACGUGGCCAUUUACUUCUCCCAGGAAGAGUGGGAGCUCCUUGAUGAGGCUCAGAGGCUCCUGUACUAUGAAGUGAUGCUGGAGAACUUUGCACUUUCAGCUUCACUGGGUAAGGCCCUCACACCCACCUCAGUGUCUUAAGCUGGUCUUUGCCUUUCUUCUUUGCCUCAGGGCAGCUCUGUCUUUCCCCACAACUGGACAGUAUACCCUGUUCCAUUCCCCACUUUGUCGGAAUUUGUGCUGUGGGUGCCAGAACUGAGCUGUCCCAAAGCAUGCAGAGAAGGGUCUGGGAGUCAGGAGUCUUGAAGUCAGCCCAAUGGAUCCCAACUUUUUUUGCCCUCUGCCUAGCAGAGUAACUGUGUCCAAAUCCAUGGCAUUUCUGUGCCCCGGGUUUUAUCCCCUUACUCUGACAUUUCCUCAUGGCUGCUUGUGACAGUAAGCAUUGUCACAGUCACUACUUAUGGGUCACUACUUAUGUGGACUAUGGGCUACUCUUAAUUUCCUUUCCUGUGGUCUGUUGUGUGCUGAGUUGCUCUGGGCCAGUGCUUGUCACUCAUCUCUCCUACCUUUCCCUUAAAACUUGCACCAGGCAGAUCCCAUGUAGUUACACAGCUGGGGUUCAGUAGUGAGCCCUGGGUGUUUCACAAGGUCAGCAUAACUCCAGUCUCAGCAAGUUGGCUCAGGUAAGGCCUGGUCCUGAUAAGUGACACUGUGGGGAAGCUGCGUUCUAAUCGUACGAGGAACCUUCUUUGUGUCUACCAGUUUUUGGUGGAAAUUCCACUGGACACCUCAUUUCUACUUUUUCUUCCUCAUACUUGAUACUUUGCUGACUUGUCAUUUCAACUGGAAUUUCCAUUCCUAGCUGCCCCACUGUUCUGGUCUCUGUGUAUCAUCCGUUUCUUUCCACUGUUCCCUUUGUUAUAUUAUCCAACAUUAAUUCUCACGUAAUGUGUACUGAAAUGUGCACAUAUCCUUUAAAAAUCGUUCAACACUAUCUAAUCAGUGGCAAUUAGGUUUUCCUGGACUGGGCCCAACUUGUGCAUGCUGAUCAUGUGUCACCAGCAGCCAAGGCCCUGCUGAAGGCCAUUGCUGAGGAGCAAGUUAGAGACUCAGCUGCCUCUUCUUUCCUUGCUGUACCCCAUCCUUCUGUCCUUCAUCUUGUGAGGCCUCCCAAAUCCUGUGACCUCUAAAGUUCCAUUACUGCACAACAACCCCUUCUUCAAUCUGCCCCAAACUCUGUUAUCCUAAGAGCAGUUCCAUGGACUCAUUCCUUGGUGUGUCAAGCACACAUUUGUGAUAGAGCUGCCCCUCCCACCAAAAUUUUCAUGCAUUUAUCAACAUUUCUCUCUUUUCAGUGUGUUGGCAUGGAACAGAGGAUAAGGAGGCAAAUUCUGGGCAGAGCAUUUCUGUAGAAGUGUUAUCUAGUCCAUCAACCCAUAAGACUUAUCCCUGUGAGAUGUGUAUCCCAGUUUUAAAAGACGUUUUGCCCCUGGCUGAGCACCAACCAGCAUGCCCUGGGCAGGACCCUCACUUAGAUGAGGCGUGUGUGAUGGGCUUCUGGUUAAUUACAGAUGUUCACCAGCUUUGCAGUAGAGAGAAAUCCUUAAAAAGGUAUUUAGACAGGACCUUGUUGUGAAGAACUGCAGGUUCCUUGUGUCAGGGAAGCCCUUUACCUCUGGGGAGAUUGGGAAGGACUUCUUAGCCAUCUUGACUCUACUCCAGCAGCAGUCCACUCCCAACAGUGAGAAGCUGCAUAACAGCAUGGAGUGUGGGGAAGCCUUUUCUACAGGCGAGAGGUUUGACAAGUGGGAUGAAUGUGGAAAAUGUUCUAGCCCCAACACAGCCUUGUUCAGCACCAGACAGUCUGUAUUAAAGAAGAGCUUUAUGAGUGUAGCAAAUGUGGGAAAGCCUUCACCUGCAAAUACAGGUUUAUUCAGCAUCAGCAAAUUUACACUGGAGAAAGUCUGUAUAAGUAUAGUAAAUAUGGGACAUUCUGUAGUGAAAUCUCUAGCCUUAUUAAACACUGGAGAAUUCUUACAGGUGGAAGGUCCUAUGGAUGCAGUGAAUGUGGAAAAUUCUUUACUCACAAUUCCACCCCUGUUCAACAUUGGAGUGUUCACGCUGGAGAAAGGCCUUAUGAGUGCAACAAAUGUGAGAAGUCCUUUAAGCAUAGAUCUGGCCUCUUUCAACACCACAGGAUUCACACUGAAGAAAGGAUUUAUGAGUACAGUGAAUGUGGGAAAUCCUUUAGUCAAAGUUCUGUCCUCAUGCAGCACCGGAAAGUUCACACUCAUGAAAGCCCUUAUAACUGCAGUGAUUGUGGAAAAUCCUUUAACCACAAAUCCAAUCUCAUGCAACACUGCAGAAUUCACACUGGGGCAAGACCUUACGAAUGCAGCGAAUGUGGGAAAUCCUUUCGCCAAGGAUCUGGUCUUACUCGACACCGGAGAAUUCACACUCAUGAAAGGCCUUAUAACUGCAGUGAUUGUGGGAAAUCCUUUAACCGCAAAUGCAAUCUCAUGCAACACUGCAGAAUUCACACUGGAACAAGGCCUUAUGAAUGCAGUGAAUGUGGGAGAUCCUUUAGUCAAAGCUCCGCCCGCACUCGACACCGGAGAAUUCACACUCAUGAAAGGCCUUAUAACUGCAGUGAUUGUGGAAAAUCCUUUAACCACAAAUCCAAUCUCAUGCAACACUGCAGAAUUCACACUGGGGCAAGACCUUACGAAUGCAGCGAAUGUGGGAAAUCCUUUCGCCAAGGAUCUGGUCUUACUCGACACCGGAGAAUUCACACUCAUGAAAGGCCUUAUAACUGCAGUGAUUGUGGGAAAUCCUUUAACCGCAAAUGCAGUCUCAUGCAACACUGCAGAAUUCACACUGGAACAAGGCCUUAUGAAUGCAGUGAAUGUGGGAGAUCCUUUAGUCAAAGCUCUGCCCGCACUCGACACCGGAGAAUUCACACUCAUGAAAGGCCUUAUAACUGCAGUGAUUGUGGAAAAUCCUUUAACCACAAAUCCAAUCUCAUGCAACACUGCAGAAUUCACACUGGGGCAAGACCUUACGAAUGCAGCGAAUGUGGGAAAUCCUUUCGCCAAGGAUCUGGUCUUACUCGACACCGGAGAAUUCACACUCAUGAAAGGCCUUAUAACUGCAGUGAUUGUGGGAAAUCCUUUAACCGCAAAUGCAAUCUCAUGCGACACUGCAGAAUUCACACUGGAACAAGGCCUUAUGAAUGCAGUGAAUGUGGGAGAUCCUUUAGUCAAAGCUCUGCCCGCACUCGACACCGGAGAAUUCACACUCAUGAAAGGCCUUAUAACUGCAGUGAUUGUGGGAAAUCCUUUAGUCGCAAAUCCGACCUUAUGCAACAUGGAAGAAUUCACACUGGAACAAAGCCGUAUAAAUGCAGCAAAUGUGGGAAAGCCUUUCGCCAAAGAUCUGCCCUCACUUGACACUGGAGAGUUCACACUGGAGAAAGGAGUGUAGUCUAGGCUCCUUCAGUGCCAGAUAAUUCAUACUGGAGAAAGGACUUGGGUGUGCAGAGAAUAGGUUGUUUCCUUGUUCAGCAUAAUGACAAUGGAGCAGAACCUGUGUGAGGGUGCCAUGUACCUGAAUUGAAUCCCAUACAUCUUUACAUCAGCAAUGGUAAAUUCCCUCAACAUUCCAGAUAUGCACAGAGCUUUGGACAGCUGCAUUGCACUUUCUUACCUGUCCAGGCCCUUGCCAGAUUUAUGUCACUGCUAGUUUAUGCAACACAAGCCAUUUUACUUAUUUACCUGUGCACCGAGAGGGUCCACACAGUGUGCAUCACUCACUCCAGUGGGCUCUCUUGUUUCAGACCUUUCAGCUCACCUUUCACUGGAGAGCAUCAUAUGUAGCCUGGACCCUUGUGGAGAUUCUCAUUCCCUUGGUUCUUACUAUUUAGGGCAAAACCUGACCCAGGUUUGCCCUUGAGGACCUGACCUAUGUCCUGCCAGCAGCAGGCAGAGGAUGAGUUUUUUCAGGGACAUUGUUAUUCACAUGUGAUUCUUGUGAUGAAUUUCCCUGCUUCCAAGUCAGCAGCCAGGGAACUGCCUGUCAGCACUGUUUCUGCCUUGUUUAACUAUAAAGUUCUUUUUGUUUAAGCCCUUCUAAACUUGAGGGUUCUAUUCUCUGCAUAGGGUAAUUGAAAAGAGAAUUGAGUUUUGCCAGCAUUGAAGGAGUUAACAGCAUUUUGGGGCCUUCAAAACUUUGUGUGCCUCAGAUGGGACAGUUUAAUGGCAGAAAACAGCUUUUUCCCAGACUUUACCUAUUUUGCGUUCCUGUCUAAGUCUUCCUAGGAAAGGCUGCAAGGCUUUCUUGUCUUGAUUUGUGACCAGGAUUUUUUGUGGGCUCAAUGUUCACCCUGAGGAGGGGGCAGUUGUUUGUUGAAAUCUCCCAUGCAUUUGGAAACAACAUGAUUUUUUUCCCUUGUUCACAGGGUAUAUCUUAUAAUGCCCAGCAUUGUUGAGGGAAACCUCUUCCCCAGAUCCUGCAAGGACCAUGUGACUUGAUGAGUUUGGUACGCUAGUCUUAACUGGUUUUAAGACUGCAAUGGGCCAGGGGUAACUUUAAUUGAUAAAGAGAUUCACAGGACUCCAGAUUUAUGUAUCUUUUGUAACUAAGGUCAUUGUUGGAGAAAGAAAGUAGUCUUAAGGUUUUGUGGAUUUCUGUAGCCUAUUUGGCUUUUUACCAACAGGCCAUUUCUUCACAGAUGGGAAAAGAAAAAUAGAGAAAAGUGAAAUUCCAUACCCAGGGAUAUUGCUUUUGUGACCCAGCCAUCAUUUCUGGUGACUCAGGUGGAAAUGCCAUUCAUUACUCACAAAUAUAUGCUGCCCGUCCCAAAGUAUGAGGAGAGCCCAACAAAGGGCUGCCAAAUCUGAUUUCCCAAGAAGAGUCCAAGAUCUAGGAUUUUGUUUUGAAAUAUUUUUAAAGCUUUAUUAAAAUGUGAUUGACAUGUGCUUGUUUGAAUUUGUUAUGUAUGCCAUUAAAAGCCAUGUUCUUUAAUGCAGUCUUGUGGACAAAGACCUAUUGUGGGUGGGACUUUUAAUUAGGUUGUUUUCGUGGAGAUGUGACCCCACCCAUUCAAGGUGAAUCUUAAUUAGUUUACUGGCACCCUCUGUGAAAAGAUAAAAGGCAGCGACAUUUUGAAGAAAGUUCAGAGAGAUGCUUAGAAAGAAAAUGCCCAGAGACAUUUUUGAGACAGCCAUUGAAACCAGACUUUUGGAGAUGCUAAGCUAAGAGAUGAAGCCCAGAAUUUGCCCUGUAGAAGCUAAGUGAGAACCCACAGAGACUUAAAAAGAAGGCCAUUGGGAUCAGAAGCUGAAAGCAAUGCAACCUGGGAGCAAAGGACUAGCAGAUGCCAGCCACGUCUUCCCAGUUAACAGAAGUGUUCCAGGCGCCAUCAGCCCUUCCUCAGUGAAAGUAUCCUCUUCUUGAUGCCUUAUUUUGGCCACUUCUAUGGCUUUGAACUGUAAAUUUGUAACCUAAUAAAUCCCCUUUAUAAAAGCCAAUCCAUUUCUGGUAGUUUACAUAAUGGCAGCUCUAGCAAACUGGAACACAUGGCAAUAAAAUACUCAUUUAAGGUGUACAAUUUGAUAAGCUUAUAUACAUAUAAACCAGGAAACAAUUAACAUAAUAAAGAUAAUGAACAUACCUGUCACCCAGAUAUGACUCAGGCCCUUUUAUAAUCUCCUUUUCUCUAUAGUAGAUGAUUUUACAUUUUCUGUAAUUUCCUAUAAUUAAAAUCAAUCAUGAAGUGUUUACUUUUUUUCCUUCUGGCCUCAUGGUACAUAAAUCUUCUGGGAUUCAUCAG